ACAGACAGCUGAUUUGUCUGUAAAAGCUGGAGGCUGAUUUUGUACUGCACCUUUAACGCUGGUGUUUGAAUGUUGUGAAGGCGGUGAAGAAAAAGGAGGCGGGAAAAACUACCUCGAGGGAGUUCACACUGACUGAGAUUAUCUGCGUUCUUUCUCAAACUCUGAGCCAGCCACAGGCAUGUCCUCCUCACUGUACAUGCAGUACCACGGCCUCCUCCUGCCGACCAUCUGCCACUCCGACCAAACCUUAAAAUAUGCCCAAAACUUCCAGCUGGAGGACACCGAUGUGAUUGCGGUGACUUACCCCAAAUCAGGCACAGUGUGGAUGCAGGAGAUCCUCCCCUUGGUGCUGAAUGGCGGAGAUCUGACACCAGUUCAGACCAUUUGUAACUGGGACAGAGUUCCCUGGCUGGAGGAGAGCAGACUGGAAUUGGUCGUGAAUAACUUAACGUCGCCUCGGGCAUUUGUUUCACAUUUGCCAUACCAUCUAAUGCCCGCUUCCUUCCACACUUCCAAAGCCAAGGCUAUCUAUGUAAUGCGAAAUCCGAAGGAUGUGAUGGUGUCGUCCUUCUAUUUCCACCAAAUGGCCACAUUCCUGGAUGAUCCUGGAACUUUUGACGAGUUCAUGGAUAAGUUUUUGGAGGGAAGAGUGUUGUUUGGAAAAUGGACGGACCACGUGAAGAGCUGGAGACACACAGACCUCACAGACAGAAUCAUGUACAUCACAUAUGAAGAACUUGUUCAGGAUCUGGCUGGAUCUCUAAAGAGCAUUUCCAAGUUCCUGGACAAAAGCCUGAAUGAAGACGUGAUUGAGAAGAUAGCAGAGCACUGCAAAUUCAACAACAUGAAGUCCAACGUGAUGUCCAAUUUUUCUCUGGUCCCAGAGGAGCUCAUGAACCACAGCAAGUCUUCAUUCUUCAGGAAAGGAAUCUCUGGAGAUUGGAAAAACCACUUCAGCCCGGAUCAGCUGACUCAGUUUUCGGCAAUCAUUCUGGAAGAGCUGGAGGGAGAGACCGAUUCACUGUUCUAUGACCUAAAAUGACCAUCAGCCAUGACACGGACAGAAACGAAGAGAGAGCAGCGGAAAUAAAAUCAACACCUGCGUCUGUCCAGCUGCUGAGAGACGAUACUUCGUCCUGCUCCUUCAUCCACCUCUUAGCAUCAUGACUAACCCUGUAUCCAGCAGCAUCUCUGAAGUCGGCCCAGCUGCUCUAACAUGUUGCACAUUCUUGACUAACAAUGAUUAAUAAGACUGACAAACACAUUCUGCCUUAUGCACGAAAGCCUAAAUGCUAUGAAAUUAAAGAGCAUAAAUAUAUAUUUUUUUCUUAUUGUAAAUGUUUCUCAAUAGAAAUCUGUUCUUGUAAUUUAUAUGUAACUGAAAAAGAAACUCUAAGGAAAGCCACAGAAAUAAUCUGAUUAGUUUUUUUUUUUUUUUUAUUCAUAUGCAGUGUUUUUACUGGAAUUUCACUAAUCCUAAAAUGGAAAAAAGAAAAAUGAAAUGAAACUGGUUAAUAUUU